AUGAAUCCUCCUGGAUUUUUUACUUCGAAUGAAACGAGUAGCUGGCUACUCUAUAUACUCACUGACUCUGCUUUACCAACAGGUGGGUUCGUUGCUUCUUCAGGCUUAGAAGCAAGUUGGCAAGCAGGUCUUGUGGAUAACAAAAACCUGGUGGACUUUGUCACAUCGUCUUCUCAUAAUUAUGCUUCCAACACGAACUGCUUUGUCAGAGCAGGUUAUGAGGCACCUGAUCAUGAUGAUCCUAUUGCUCAUCUAACAGCAUCUGAUGCUACUUGUGAUGCUGUCAUGGCAGCCAAUUCAGUAGCUAAAAGAGCUUCCCUUGCACAAGGUAUUGCUAUGCUCACUUUAUAUCUGAAGUGUUUUACCGAGAAAAGUCAAGCAGACGAUAUCAAGGUUGUCAAGAAGUGGAAGAGCAUGAUUCGAGCAGAAAAAGUUGACGGUCACUUUGCUAUUUGCUAUGGUCUCAUUUGUCGUUAUCUUCAAGUCGAUUUAGAGAACACAUUGCAUUUAUGGCUUUAUCUGUUUACAAGAACCAUUUAUUCUUCUGCAGUUCGUCUCAACAUUGUAGGUCCUUAUGAAGCACAGAAAAUGUUACUUGAGUCAAGAAAAUUAGUUGAAGUGAUCCUGGAUCAAACCAAGGAUAUGGAGAUAGACAACUGUUGUCAAACAAACCCAUUACUCGAUGUUUGUCAAGGCAUGCAUGACCGACUUUAUUCUCGAUUAUUUAAUAGUUAG